CGGUACUGAUGAUGGGUAAAGCAAACUAGGAAGUGUGCCAGUUUCAUUUUUAUCUCUGUUCGAUGUCUCCCAAGGGAAUGAGUCCUGUCGGUGCUACCUAAAUGAUCCCACAUUCAGCACAUGAGAUGAUUUCCCCUCCGCAGCUCCAUCUCAUACAACACAAAGUUCUUCAUCCCCCCUUAUAUACCCCAACUGAAGCAAACCUCAAACUCUGGGCUAAAAUCACUGUUAGGAAAUUAACAGUGAUUUUCUUUCUGCCUAUUAAACAGCCAGUUCUCCUCUGGGAGGGACAGGGGCAGAGCACCAGGGCACAUCCAAGGAGCUGUGCUGGGAGGAUUUCUUUGUAUUUUGGGGGAGAUUUGCCAUUGAACAAGGUCUCCUACUUCCCUACUUACAACACUUCUGGGUUUCAUUUAGACUUCUCUUACUUACAACACACUGUUCACCCUUCAGCACUUUCACUUCUCACAGCAAGACACAAAACACAAUCUUUUUGUGCUGCUCUUACUUUGAAGCACUGCUGACUCUUUCCUGCCAAGCAACAAGAUGCACAAGGAAACCAGCAAAAACCCAGCAAGAAACUGCUCAAGCUUUUUUCUCUUUUAAACUUGCAUCAGGGCACCAAAUGAAACUGAUUCAAGCAUUUAGGACCACGACGGGUCCUAGGUUAAGGUGCAAUGUGCAGUAAUGAAAAUUAUCAUGGUAUGUACUGGUACAUGCAGCAAAAUAGCUUAAUUGAAAGAGCAAUACAAGACUCCAGUGCUGAAGAGCAGUGCUCCCAAAUGACCUGUGCUCACCAGCAAAGGGUAGGGCACAAGUCCACGUUACUGUGGCUCAGAAAUUCAUCCAGCUGCAACAGGAUGUUUAAAAAAGUCACCAAAUCCAUAGUGAAUCAAAUGGAUCCAGAUGGAGACCUGGUCCCAGUUCGCAGCAUGUUGGACCACGAACAUUUCAGACCCCUCUGCCUAGUGAGAAGAAAAAGAAAAGCCAUAUUCCACCCAUCUCCCUGCUACAGACAGACGUGGUACAGGCUGGACGACGUGCUGCUGCCCGGACAGGAUGGUAAAAGCUCAGAGUCGCUCAUUCUCAAUGGAGGUGAUCAAGAUUCAAGGCAAUUUCUAGUCAAAAAGAGUGUCUCUGACAGAGUCGAUGGGAGUCUCAGGCUUUCUGCUGACCCCACAAGAGUGGAGCUGAAAGGAGCUGCCUCUUUGGCCGAAGAGUGGUCCAUCAAGCUGCAGAAGAACCACAUACCACCACCAAAACUCGAGGCACUGAAAACAGAAAGGAAAAUUAAUACAAAUCACUCCUUCAUUCAACAACUACAGAAAACAGGCCAGAAGUUGUACGUGGUUCAUGAGACCAUAGAAACCCUGGAAGAGGCCAGCUUCGAGGAAACCUCCGGGGCAGAGGGGAACUUCAUGGCCCAGUUUUACGCCGAGUUCUGUGCCAAGGGUGCCAGAGAGAACAAGCAAAGCAUAACCAUACCCAAGGGCUGCACCCUGGCCUUCAGAGCAUUCCAGCUGGCCAUUUCAGAUGCAUCGUGGGGUCUUCAUUAUUUCCCAGAAAAACUUACACGCAAGUUGGCAUCUGAUGGUGUCUUGCAAGGAACAUUAGGAGCACUGGAGGCAGAAGUUAAAAGGAAUUGCCACAUUCUCUCCAAGUUGUCUUCUCAGCUGUCCAUCAUCUUUUUAAAAGCCAUCAAAGCUGUGAUGAGAGACAGGAACCUCUUCCAAAAACUGAGCCAGAAGAUGGAAGCAGUUCUUGAUGAAGGUGACAGUGGUGAGCUGAAAACAGAAAGCGCAGCCUUAAAAGACCUGCUGAGCCACUUGCAGCAUUCCCCAGCACACGUUCUCCACAGCAUGGCAACAGCCAUCACCUACACUCUUGAUGCUUUAGAAGAGCUCAAUGAGGAUCAGCUCCUGCUGCUGCUCGAGUCCUUGGAAAACAAGAUUGUGGCCCAACAGCUUAAGCUGGUUGAGAGCAUCUUGAAACAGAGAGAACACAGGAAGGGGUCCAACACAGACCCCAGCUUGCUCUCCUUCUCCCGAGAGAGGGAACACCAACUAACCAUUGCAAUGAUGGAGAUGAGUGGGGUGAAGCUCCAUGAGGAUGGAUCUGCUGCCUGCACAGAGGGAGCCUUCUCAGCCAUAGCAGCCCUGUACGUGUCUCUAUACGUCCUCAACCUUCUGAGUAACCCAUGUUAGGUUACACAAUCCUCCCAUGAGUGGUGAUUUAAAGAUAGUCACUUAACAAUGUAUUUGAAAGUCUCUUACCACAAGCCAGCUUCUUUCUCCAAGUUUCAUCCCUGCAUAGAUGAGGCUCUUACACUGCUUUGAAAUGAGUAGCAAAGAAAAAAAGCUGUGGCUGCCCCAUCCCUGGCACUGUUUAAGGCCAGGUUGGACACAGGGGCUUGGAGCAACCUGCUCUAGUGGAAGGUGUCCCUGCCUGUGGCAGGGGGUUGGAGCUGGAUGAGCUUUUAGGUCCUUUCCAACCCAAACCACUCGAUGAUUCUAAAAUCAAACUUAAGGCAAGAAAACUCCUUUUCGAAGCCAGCUCCCAAACCUGGUUCUCCUUUCCUCCCACGUGAAUGCAGAAUGCCAACUGCAAAACCCACCAGCCCAAAUAAUCACAUGCCGGUUGGUUGAGCUUUACAUGAUCCUGAUUUUCCUAAAUCCAAACCACUACCACAGCUGCUCACACACCAAGGAGCACACGAGGAAUCCCUCCCUAGUAACACCAUGGCUCAAUUAACUGCUAAGGGGGAUCUUAGUGCGGUUUAACGAUGCCCACCCGGUAAAGCAGCAUCACACACCCCACCUGCGAGAAGUGUGUGUGAAACUACACUUCAGAAUAGUAUUAUGCAUGCUUUAAUGACUGCUUUAUAAAUAAAGUUCUUUACUGACCAACUGA